UUCUGUGUUAUUGCCAUGUUAAUUCCACACGCAGCUUAAGUGUUCAGUCUUCUGACCUGUUCCACCUACACAGGGCAUUUUAUGGCUUAAGGAUGAUGGCUUAGGAAGGAAGGGAGAGAUUUACUUUGGAUUAAAUUCAAUAUGGGAAAAUGCUUAAGCCGCAGCAAACAGGACCAGAGCGUGCAACCAGAUUAUCCUGCAGUUCCAGUUACUUCGGACCCCCUGCAGCAUGGAGCCUCUUCUUUCACUCAUCGAACUCUAUCUCUUGAUCCUAAAAGAGCUCAUCUGUCUGAAAUAUGUAAUGUCAGUUCACGUAGUGAAAGUAAAAAUUUACCUUCUUCAUCAAAUUUAUCUACUCACUCAUAUUUCUCAGGAAGAAGACAUUAUUUACUUGCUAAACUUCAGAAAAGCUGUAUUUUCCCCAACCAUCAACACAGUAGAGCUAACUUUGAUUCUCAAGAACAAAGAAUCUUCAGUGAUUUAAAAUCAGACCAUCUUGGCCUUAGAUUCCAAAGUUUUUUCUCUGCCCCUAAACUAAGUGUAAUUUCCUGUUAUGAGAAAGCUAGUUUUUUUGAUCUUCAAUCAAGUGGUCGUAGCAUCUGUAUUCAUCAUAAUACAGAUGAAAUUGAAAUGGUUUGUGAAAACUCAAGUAUUACUGGUGCUGAAAAAUAUCUAAGCUCUUGUUCUCCUGAAUAUAACAUUACACAUUUUAUGAGUUUUGGAACAAAAGCUAAUCCUUCAACCUAUCCACACACCGUUGGUGGAAACACCUGUCAACACAGCACAGCAACCUUGGUUUCUCUUGCAGCUGUUCUUUCCUAUACCUGUCAACAAAACGAAACUGCAACUGAUAUUGAAGAAAGAGGCCAAUCAAGGUAUAUUACAGCUAAUACUGACACAGAAGAACAGAGUUUUCCAGUCCCUAAGGCAUUUAACACACACAUAGAGGAAUUAAAUUUAGAUGUCCUUCUUCAGAAGGCUGAUAAUUUACGUAUGAAUGAAUGUAGCAAGAUGGAGAGUUUUGAACUACUUUGUGAUCACAAAGAAAAGUUUAGAGAUGAAAUAGAGUUUAUUUGGCGGUUAGCUCGUGCUUAUGGAGACAUGUAUGAGCUAUCUACUAACGUACAAGAAAAGAAACAUUAUGCUAAUAUCGGGAAGACAUUAGGGGAAAGAGCGAUCACUACAGCACCCACAAAUGGACAUUGUCAUCUGUGGUAUGCGGUUUUGUGUGGCUAUGUAUCUGAGUUUGAGGGCUUACAAAACAAAAUCAACUAUGGACAUCGCUUCAAGGAACAUCUAGAUAAAGCAAUCCAAUUUUUACCUGAAGAACCCUUUUUGUAUUACCUCAAAGGAAGAUACUGUUAUACUGUCUCGAAACUGAGCUGGAUUGAGAAAAAAAUGGCUGCUACUCUGUUUGGAAAAAUACCAUCCUCAACUGUAGAAGAAGCUUUGCAAAAUUUCCUUAAGAUCUCGAACGGAAGCCCUGGGUUGAAUCCUAGUUUUGGCGUGUCCAGACUGCUUCCCAGAGCAACUGGUUAUGCCCUAGCUCCUAGGUGCACAGCCCUUGCUACCAAAUCCAAGAGCAGCCCUCCAGGUCGUGUUGAAGAACUACACCCUGGUUUUUCUAAGUCCAAUUACUUGUUCUUGGCCAAGUGUUACAUCGAUCUUGAACAAACAGAUGAUGCUAUGAAGUUUUGUAAUUUGGCCGUGUUGCUUCCUUGUGUUACCAAAGAGGAUAAAGAUGCACAGAAAGAAGUGAAAAAAAUAAGCACUUCCUUGAAGAGGGUAGUAUGCUCAGAUUUGAAGGCAAAACCACGUUUCUGCAGAAUGCAUUCCAAUAGUAGCACAACAAAACUGAUCAUGUUGUUGGGAGAAAUCAAGUUCCCAUAAUGUCAGUACAAAAUUAUCUUUAAACAUGUAUGAUUUAUAUUUUUUCUAUCAAUAAACUAUAGUCUUCAGAGUA